GCCCCGAAGGGGCGGGGCUGUUCUGCAGGACUGGUCCGGCGGAAGCCGGGAAGGAUCAGUCUUGCAGUGUCUCGUCGUUGUAAUCGCGGGACUGGUAACGCCAUGGGGGGCUCCGAAUCAUUUUUAUCCUCCUAUACUGACUUCUUCUAUUGGGCCGGAGUGUUGAGCGUUGCUUACUUCGUUUGCCUGUUCCUUUACCGCAUAGCUCAUGCCGUCCUCCUGUGGGUGGUGGGAAACCCGACGGCAGUGGGCCCGCACCUGGGCGCAUGGGCAGUGGUCACGGGAGCUACUGAUGGAAUUGGAAAGGCAUACGCAGAAGAGUUAGCAAGGCGUAGAAUGAAGGUGGUUCUUAUCAGCAGAUCUCAGGAAAAACUGGAUCAGGUUGCCAGUGAAAUAAGUGAGAGGUUCAAGGUGGAAACAAAAACAAUUGCAGCUGACUUUGAAGACCGAGAAGCUAUUUACAGUAACAUAAAAGGAGGCCUGGAAGGUCUUGAGAUUGGUAUCCUAGUGAACAACGUGGGUACUUCAUAUUCUUAUCCUGAAUACUUCCUUGAGAUUCCGGAUCUAGAUAAAACAGUUGACAAGAUGAUAAACAUUAAUGUCAUAUCUGUGUGCAAGAUGACACGAUUGGUGCUGCCCGGCAUGCUGGAAAGGUCCAAGGGAGUUAUAGUGAAUAUUUCCUCUUUUGCUGGGAUUCACCCAUCUCCAUUCCUGACCCUUUAUUCAGCAACGAAGGUGUUUGUGGAUUUCUUCUCUCAAGGUCUCAAUAUAGAAUAUAGAAACAAGGGUAUCAUUUUUCAGAGUGUUCAACCAUAUUUUGUAGUUACAAAAUUGUCUAAGCUCCGUAAAUCAUCCACCUUUAGGCCUACUCCUGAAGGGUAUGUAAAAUAUGCCCUCAACACCAUUGGCCUUGAGUCCCAAACUUCUGGAUGCCCAGCUCAUGCCUUUGUGGUUUGGUGUAGCAGGUUGCUGCCCUGGUGGCUUUACACAAAGAUCGUGGUAGAUAUGUUCGUGAAAGGAAGAGCUUAUCAUUUGAAGAAACUAAAAGAAAACUGAAUUGCAUAAUCAUGACAAAAUUCUUGGUAGUUUUGCAUCUGUGUUUAAGAACCAAAUAUUUGUCAUGUCUUAAAAUUCUUUUGAAUGGGUUACUAUUUUGGGACCAGAGAUGAGUGUGAAUUAAGAGAAAAUUCAGUGAAGAGCAUGGAAAAGGCAAACAGCUACCUGCAGAUUUUGUUUGCUGUUCUGCACCAUUGUUUUAGAUGUGCUGUAGAUGUGACUUGAACAAUAACUGAUACUUGUAAUUACUAGCUUUACUAAAAUGUACUUAACACCAGUAGGGUUUGGGAAAUUAUGUCAGUCAGAGAAAUUUGUCUGAACUUGAAAGAGAUCACUGUUGUUGUUGAUGAUAGAGAACAGCACCAACAUUGGUGUUGAACUGAUCCAUGCAGUAUUUUUUUCAUUAAAAAUCUAUCAUCGUUCAUUGAUUUUUACACUGCAAGAAAUCAUGCAGUGAUACUUACUAUGAGUGGAUUUGGACACGUUUUUCCUCUUAUCAAACAAUGGCCAUAAGAUCUUGUCUUGUUAGCAUGGAUAUCUUCAGGCAUUCUACUGUCUUGUAGUUGAUCUCCUUUGAACCAUUUGGUGGUGUUGCGGGAAGGGGGAGAUAGUAAUCUUAAUCCAGGUGACUAACCUCUGGUCCUCCCAGUGCUGCUGAAUUACAACUUUCAUCACUGACCAUUGGCCAUGCUGGCUGGGACUGAUGGGAGAUGGAGUCCAACAACAUAUGGUCAACAGUUGACCACCUAUUUUAUUCUUUGGGUGAUUUAGGGGAUGGUGACAAUUUUUCAGGCAUGAUAAAAUUGAACUGAAAAAAAUGUGUUUGCAGAUGCAACUACUGCCCUACUUAAAGGACAGUAAAUGUGAAAUUGUUGCAGUCUACUUGAUGAAAGGUUUUAAUGUGAUAGUUGUAUAGAUUUCAUGUGCUGGCAAUACUUUUGCUUACUAAUCCUUUAGUAAAAUGGUAUCUUGCGGGAGGUGGGUUAUAUCAAAAUGCUGGAAGAAAAAUGCUACAGGCUGCAGUAACAAACAUUGCUGGCUACCCCGAUAGUGAUUAUCCUUAAAUGACUAUAGCUUGGAUUCAGCAAUGUGUUCAUACAACAGGGCUUUCCUGCACUGUUGGGUGAGAUUCAAUAUCAAUCUCACUGUGCCUCCUUCCCCUGGUAAGGCACGAGCUGGAUUGGACCCUGAAGCUAACUUAGGAAGGAAAACACAUUUACACACAAUGAGAUCUUUGGCCAAAGGUUCCACCCGCACAAAGCAGCUCUUGGUCCAACUGGGAGACAGCAAUGGUCAGAUGGACAACUUUAUUUAGGAAGAAGCAACAAUUUAUAGACCACUAGGGCACGGUGAACAGUAAACAGAUGAAAGAUAGAGUCAUCAAACAAAGUUGUAAUACAGAGGUAAUAAAAGAACAAAAGGUGCGUUUUCA